UUUGCUAUCUUCCCCUCCCUUUCCACAAGCGGCAAGGAAGGGUGAGGACGGCAAGCAGGAUCAAGCGGCAAUGGCGGUGCCUCUGCUGAGCAAGAAGAUCAUCAAAAAGAGAGUCAAGAAGUUCAAGAGGCCGCAGAGCGACCGCAAGAUCUCCGUCAAGACAAAUUGGCGAAGGCCGAAGGGUAUUGAUUCACGUGUGAGAAGGAAAUUCAAGGGAUGCACUCUCAUGCCAAAUAUUGGUUAUGGUUCUAACAAGAAGACAAGACAUUAUCUUCCUAAUGGUUUCAAGAAGUUUGUUGUGCACAAUCCCAGCGACCUGGAUCUCCUGAUGAUGCAUAACAGGGUUUUCUGCGCUGAGAUUGCACACAAUGUCUCCACUCUGAAGCGUAAAGCGAUUGUCGAGAGAGCUGCUCAACUUGAUGUUGUUGUUACGAACAAACUUGCUAGGCUGCGCAGCCAAGAAGACGAGUGAAGCAACAUUUUUGUUUUAUUUCCUUUCUGUACCGAGCCAAGUUUCCAGCUUGUAUUUGGGCGCACUUGCGAAUUUUGUUUAAUGAUUUUUUCAGUUUAGAAUCAUUUCGGCGACAACUUAGCAAAUACUAUUUGCGGUGGGAUAAUACUUUUAUGUGGUCAACUUUUUUCAGUUUGUCAAAGGAAUGGUGAUUUAACCUCA